GUAGUCUGUAAACAUUAAAGAAGAAGAAAGCCAUGGACGAUAGUCUCAAGUUAAGUGUUGAAACCACAGUUGUUGACUGUGUUUAUAGCCAAGCGAUUAAUAUCGGCAGCCGUUAACAUAUUUGGGAUAGAGGAAAGGUGGAUAGCCCAGUACCAGGAGCCACUUGCAGCAGUGACUGUUGAGAUAAUGGCGGCGGUGGAAACGACGAUUGAACAAGAGCUCUCUCGUUCAAAGGAGGAGAUUGAACGUCUACGGAGGCUUCUUCUGGAGUUGGGAGCAGACCCCCAGCAGCUAACUGUCCCCGAAGAGGAGGUUCCCCCUGAGCAGCAGCACUGUGAGCAGGAGUGGAGCCCCAGUCUGGGGCAGCAGGACCCAGAGCCCACACAGAUUAAAGAGGAACGGGAGGAAGUCAGGACGAGUCAGGAGGAAGAGCAGCUUCACAGACUUGAGUCUGAUUCCACAGAUGUUGUAGAGUUCAUAUUUACUGCUCCUCCCUGUGUGGAAAAGUACUCUGAUCAGGACAGAGACUCUCUACCCACCAACACAACUGAACAGAUACAAACAGAACCUAAUGGAGAGGACCACAGAGUAUCAGAACCAUCCAGUGACUCUCUGCUCCUCUCUGCAGUAAAUCCAGACUGUUCUGCAGCUCACAGUGAAAUCAUUGUAAGUGUGGAUGAGGAUGAGAGUGAGGAACCUGUGUUAAAGACCCUCAAAUCAAGGAGGACACAGGCAGAGAAACGACAAAGCUCUCAAGUCUGCACUGAGGCCAAGACAACCAGUGAGCUGAAAGAACCAUUGAAGUCUCACACGAAUAAGAAACCAUUCAAAUGUCCUGUGUCCAGUAAACGCUAUAAGACACUCAGAUGUGAUGUAGCCUACUACCCCCAGCAGCUAACUGUCCCUGAAGAGGAGGUUCCCCCUGAACAGCAGCACUGUGAGCAGGAGUGGAGCCCCAGUCUGGGGCAGCAGGACCCAGAGCCCACACAGAUUAAAGAGGAACGGGAGGAAGUCAGUAUAAAAGACACCUGUUAUCAGUGUAAAAGACACCUGUCCACAACCUCAAACAGUCACAUUCUAAACUCCACUAUGGCCAAGACUAAAGAGCUGUCAAAGGACACCAGAAACAAAAUUGUAGACCUGCACCAGGCUGGGAAGACUGAAUCUGCAAUAGGUAAGCAGCUUGGUUUGAAGAAAUCAACUGUGGGAGCAAUUAUUAGGAAAUGGAAGACAUACAAGACCACUGAUAAUCUCCCUCGAUCUGGGGCUCCACGCAAGAUCUCACCCCGUGGGGUCAAAAUGAUCACAAGAACGGUGAGCAAAAAUCCCAGAACCACACGGGGGGACCUAGUGAAUGACCUGCAGAGAGCUGGGACCAAAGUAGCAAAGCCUACCAUCAGUAACACACUACGCCGCAUGGGACUCAAAUCCUGCAGUGCCAGACGUGUCCCCCUGCUUAAGCCAGUACAUGUCCAGGCCCGUCUGAAGUCUGCUAGAGAGCAUUUGGAUGAUCCAGAAGAAGAUUGGGAGAAUGUCAUAUGGUCAGAUGAAACCAAAAUAUAACUUUUUGGUAAAAACUCAACUUGUCGUGUUUGGAGGACAAAGAAUGCUGAGUUGCAUCCAAAGAACACCAUACCUACUGUGAAGCAUGGGGGUGGAAACAUCAUGCUUUGGGGCUGUUUUUCUGCAAAGGGACCAGGACAACUGAUCCAUGUAAAGGAAAGAAUUAAUGGGGCCAUGUAUCGUGAGAUUUUGAGUGAAACCCUCCUUCCAUCAGCAAGCGAAUUGAAGAUGAAACGUGGCUGGGUCUUUCAGCAUGACAAUGAUCCCAAACACACCGCCCGGGCAACGAAGGAGUGGCUUCGUAAGAAGCAUUUCAAGGUCCUGGAGUGGCCUAGCCAGUGUCCAGAUCUCAACCCCAUAGAAAAUCUUUGGAGGGAGUUGAAAGUCCGUGUUGCCCAGCAACAGCCCCAAAACAUCACUGCUCUAGAGAUCUGCAUGGAGGAGUGGGCCAAAAUACCAGCAACAGUGUGUGAAAACCUUGUGAAGACUUACAGAAAACGUUUGACCUCUGUCAUUGCCAACAAAGGGUAAAUAACAAAGUAUUGAGAUAAGUAUUUGGUCAAUAACAAAAGUUUAUUUUCCACCAUAAUUUGCAAAUAAAUUCAUUAAAAAUCCUACAAUGUGA